AUGAGAGUCCAAUUACUUCAGGUCGCCCUGUUAUUCACGGCCGUCUAUGGCCAGAUCAGUUCUCAGAUCACAACAUAUGAUCUGAGUUUCGACGGUGCAGCUGUCGUGAGUCUGCUUUGGGGCUUAGAUGGCGAACCAACUUCAACUUAUAAUUUUUAUCUCUGUGCCGGUGAUGAGACAACAGGUUCAUAUGACACUCUAUCGCAAGUUAUCAACAAUGGCGCCUAUGCUCCUGGUGACAUGGUGUCAUUUCGUGUCGAUCAAAGUGUCGGUGGGAAUGAACCCAAUGCAUACUUUCUCAAGAUAGUCCUAUCAGGCCCUCAUAACUACUGGUCCGGGUUCACCUCUCAUUUCACUUUGACCAACAUGAAAGGUACAUUCUCGACCAAAGUAACAAAUGCGAUCAAGACGAUGCAGCCGAUUCCCGCCGUCGUUAUUUCCUGGCCUACAGUCAAAGACGAUGACCACCUCAUCGAGGCCGCAGAUCUCACUUCAAUUUGCAACUCCUCUAGUCUCGCCAAGAGUUCCUCAACCGAAGCCACCUUGCAGUUCCCAACCUCAACCGCCAAGGGCGAAGCCGAGCACAAUGAAUUGCGCAAACGACAAGUGGCUGCUGUCGGCGGCGUUGGCGAUGUUUCUGUAGUUGACCAGCAUACCGUCCCAUACGGUGAACAGACUGGCUCGAUCAAAUAUGCCCCGAUGCCUAAGAGCGCUGGGACUACUGUCGCCACCAGAUCAGCCACUCCUCAAUACCCGCCUUUCCCGUUCUCUAUUGCAACCAGCUACUUAGGUGCGCCAACCAUCCAGUACACGGAUACAGCUUUUGCGACAUGGACGGCGAACACCAUCGAGAACACGGCUGCGCCCGCUCCUGCGCCCACAUUGGACAAGAGAAUGCAGAAGUGGUUGGACCGUUGGAAUGAUUGA